AGAGAAUUCGGCGGUGCGCACGCGGUGUAUUCCGGUGAUAAAAUAGAGCCACAAGCAGCCAGCGAGGAGGUCAGAGCGGAGGAAUUCGGCGAAAACGAAAGCCGAGUCUCCUGCUCACAGUUACCGCUACCACGAAGAGCUCCGGGGCUAGGUCCAUGAUAGCUCAGCAGGGACACAUCUUUAUCUCACGCGGCGGGGCAUUCUGGAAGAGACGGAGACACCUCGGGAGGAUGUCCCACAGCGCGAACCGGGAGUGAAAAUCUUCUCAGCAAGAUGUGAGAUGAUGCGGGAGAAAACUGCGACGGAGGCCAGCGACAUGGUGUUGGUCCGGAGCUCGCACGGCCGAAGCCGAGCCAGAGUGACUCACGCCGUGGUGGUGAUCUUCUUGGAGUUCUUUGCGUGGGGCCUGCUCACCACGCCCAUGCUGGCCGUCCUGCACGAUAUGUUUCCUCAGCACACCUUCCUGAUGAACGGCCUGGUGCAGGGGGUCAAGGGUUUCCUGUCAUUUCUGUCGGCUCCUCUGAUUGGUGCUCUGUCAGACAUCUGGGGCAGGAAGUCCUUCCUCCUCAUGACCGUGUUCUUCACCUGCGCCCCCAUCCCCUUCAUGAAGAUCAGCCCCUGGGUUCGGUCAAAGGUGGGUUACGUGCUGACUUUACCUCCCCUCCCUCGCCAGGUCUCGGCGACCUUCGCGGCCAGCCUGGUGACGAGUCCGGCCAUCGGGGCCUACCUGUCUGCGCAGUACGGAGACAGCCUGGUGGUCCUUGUUGCCACGGUGAUUGCUGUGGCAGAUAUUGCGUUCGUGUUCUUCGUCGUCCCCGAGUCGCUGCCGGACAAGAUGAGGCUGACGUCGUGGGGGUUCCCCAUCUCCUGGGAGCAGGCCGACCCCUUCGCCUCUCUGCGUCGGGUGGGGAAAGACACCACGGUGCUGCUGAUCUGCGUCACCGUGUUCCUGUCCUACCUGCCUGAAGCCGGGCAGUACUCCAGCUUCUUCCUCUACCUGCGACAGGUAACGCACAGACAGCUGCCGGCUCUCUACGGCUUCAUCUUCUUCCUGUUCAACGUGGAGCUGAACGAAGUGGAGCCGAUGGCAGGAAGAUCCACGGCGAGCACACAGAAGCUGGUCGUCCCGGGCCCGCCCUUCCUCUUCGGCGCGUGCAGCGUCAUAUUUGCUCUAGUCGUCGCCUUCUUCAUCCCUGAGCGCCACCAGCUGGCCGAAGUCAAGACCUGCACUGCCAACAAGGCCGGCAGCAGCUCUGCCGCACACGCUCAGAACGGCAGCCCUCUUGCCGUGCCCAUCAGCGACACAGAGGACCUCGAGCCGCUGCUGCAGGACAGUGUCAUGUGACUCGCAGGCAGCCUGGCCAAUUACAGAACAGAGUCUUGUCUGCAAGUCCCACCCCCUGUUAAAAAAAAACAAACCCUCUCUUCCCCCAUCAGACCGUCGGGGAACGUUAGGCGGCGGCCUCCCCGGCAAAAUGCUUUUUAUGUCACUGAUAUCACUCACCUGUGACUCCUCCCAUUCUUUGCCCAGGUGUGUUUGGGCAGGUAGAACCAAAGGGCUUUGAAGUCUCGCCUCAGUAAGAGUCGAGAUCUCACCGUUAAAACAGCCAAUCACAGCGAGGGCGGGACCAGAGAAGCCAAAGCAACUGACAGCAGCCUCCCAUACCUGACUCCACCCGUCAGGUUCGCAGAGGUGAGGCCAUCAAAUGCUCCUCGCUGUACGGGCGUGAAAGCUGACACUCAAAACUACGUUGGUUUUCUUUGGGGGGGGGGGGGUUGUUUUUUGGACCGGAGGGCGAAUCUUGGCGAGGACGAGGAGGUUGGAGCUGCUCGGGAUUGUGGGAUACGAUACCAAAUCAUGAUGAGAUCCAGGUGUUUGUUUUCUGUCUGGAUCUAUUUGCGCUCAGACUUCCCGUCACACAGAGCGUGUGCAAACUGACUGGCUAUGAUGUCAUUGCCCUCUCCCGUCAGGAGUUUGCAUAUUUGGGAGAAAUCCGAGUAAAUAAACGGCGUGAAGCUGGAGGCGUCAUUUAGCUCCGCCUCAUUAUUUCAUCAUUUGGUCUCCCAGUUUAAUCAAUCAGGCUUUUAAUUUACUAAUGUGGUGUUUUUGCUUUGAGCUGCAGGUGUGGUCGUUUUGUUUCAGUGUCGAUUUUCCUGCUUUGAUCCAGUAAACUGGACUCGCUUUGACCCGACUUCAAAUCAGCAUUUAAAUGCAUUUCAUGUAUUUAUUUAUUUCAUUUUUCUUCUCAGCCCUGAUUUCAAACCUCUGCCCUACAGACGGUCUCAUGUUUUGCCUCCUCCUGUCCUGUAGAGGGCGCUGUGCUGCUGUUUUAUAGCCUAAAGCUGGGCGACGUCUGCAGGGUUGGAGGUUUUACAGCGUGGAUCAAAUUAAUAUCAAAGUUUUCCCUGAGCCGCAGUGACAAGUGAUGGUUUUAAGGACAGAGAGCACCACCUAGUUUUUGCCAUUGCUCCUCCCACUAUCUGAGCCUCCUCCUCCUCGUCUUCUUCUUCUGUUUUAAUACUUGAAGUUUGUUUCUGUUUGACCUGAAAGUGCUCUCCCCGUCCGCCUGCCCCUUCCAGGUCGGACAAAUCAAACGCUCCAAGUUACUGAUGCAGUUUGAACCUUGGCGGUCCCGAGGCUGCUCACAAACCAACCGGUGCCGUGUUUUAUUUCUCUUUUGUGCUUAUUUUGCCUUUUUGUUACAGGCUGUAUUUCUCAGAAGGUCAACAGAUCAGUUUAAAAAAACCUGAUCAGUCGUUUAAGUCGAGUUUUCUCCCAGUUCAGGUUAAAAACCAUUGCAUGUGCGCUCUGUGCAGGUUCUCACGUUUGCCCCUUAAAGCUUCAGCCUUCAUGAUGGGUUCAUGUGAUGUGUGUAUUUUUAUGCACAGAGCUCCGGCGGUCCUGGAGGUCUCUUCAUGUCCAGUUUGAACCAGUGAAACCAGUUUUAGAGCACAUGUGGGGCUCCAGCUGUUGCUUAAAGACAGAUCAAUGACUCAAUGAUCUUGUGAACCAGAGCACAGGUCAGGUGCGUUUACCUGCACAGCUCGGCUACUGUAAGUGGAAUAUAACUCGUGCUGCAUUCAGGCUCUGUUUCUGUGUGGGAGAUGAUGGUUUUUGACAGUUUAAAGUGACCAAAGGUUCUCUGACAGAUGACGUCACCUUUGAGUGGUAGUUCUUCCUUUUUUCUUUUUUUCCCCUGAAUGCAGCAUGAACGUUGUCAUGGCUACAGGAAUGCCUGAUCAUCCUGUUGUGACGUUGAUGAUGAUGUAGCUCAGAAGCACAAUCGACUGUUAGAGAAGCUCUCGGCUUAAUAACCUUUAACCUUUUAACCCUUAACGCCCACUUGCCGAUGAUGUCAGAUGGUUCAUUUUCCUAUGCUCACCGAGUGUCCUCAAAUGCCUCGUGGAGAGUACUGAAUGGCUUUCUGUCUGGAAUAUUCUUUAGUUUCAGUCCAAUUUAAAACUGGAUCAUUGGAUUUUUUUUCCGUCUCCUUCAUGUUGGAAUUCAGAACCUAGAUUUAGUGAUCCGGCCGGAUGACUCGGUCAUUCUUCCUGGGUCGAGUUUCCUGCUUUUCUCUGUUAAAUCUGACGAUGAGAUGAAUAUUCUGGAGAUUAGGGCGGCUGAGUGUUUACUCCACGAUGAGGUUAAGAGCCGAGUCGCUCCAUCACGUCGUCGUCGUGACAUAAAGUUUUUAAUGAAUUUCCCCGUUGACGAUCCUCUGAAACUGUUCAUGAAGUGAAACGUGACGUUUUUAAAUGUCGGCUUGUGUUUGGUCACACAGACGAUGGAGGCUGUAAAUCCUCCUCAGAGGCUUUUUUUUCUUUUUUUACGGUGAGGCGUGAAGGCUGACGCGCCAACAUGGCCGCCGCAGAGACUGACAGACAUUCCCAGAUGUUCCCUCCUCUUCCUCCUCCGUGCAGACCUUUUGCUGAUUGCUGCACUUUAAUUUCUCUGAACGUGUGCCUGAAUCACUCGUGUUCAUAUCACUUUUAUAUUUAAACCGAGAGACGUGUCACGUAUUUUGCUUUUGCUCUUUUAUCUUAAGAACAUAAUUUUGAAUAAUAUCUAUGAUAACGUGAAUAUUAAUAACAAUAAAGAGAAACGUGUGACAUUUGAAA